AUGUUUUUCAACGGCCCUAAGAAUGAGCCUGUUCUCUGCCGAGCAUUCCCCACCUACCUCGACAGUGCUGCAUUACUCUGGUUUUCUAAACUUCCUGAAGGUUCAAUUUCUUCCUUUGAAGAUCUUGCCAGAUCAUUCAUUGAUUAUUUUGCCGCAUCAAGAAUCUACGUACAUGGUUCAGACUACCUCGGCACCAUUAAGCAAUGUCAGCACGAAAGCCUGAAGGACUACAUGACCAGAUUCGCUGACGCCACUAUGGAGAUCCAAGACUUGGACCCAGCCGUUCACCUGCACGCUCUCAAGGCCGGCCUCAGGCCUGGCAAAUUCCGGGAGACCAUCGCCAUAACAAAGCCAAAGACGCUAGAGGAAUUCCGAGAAAGGGCGGCAGGACAAAUGGAGAUCGAAGAACUCCGAGAAGCCCAAAAAUCAGACAAACAACCACAUUUGAGAGAUGAAGAAAGAAAUUUCAGAUCGCCAGGCAACAGGGACACUAAGAAACCUUCCAAGCCCGUGUCAAAAUACAACACAUACACCAGAUUCAAUACCAGAAGAGAAAACAUCAUCAGAGAAAUCCUCAACGCCAAAAUCAUAAAGCCACCAGCCUGA